AUGUUGCAGCUGUCCGCUGCCCAGCUGCUCAGCGCAGGGAGGUUUUUGACUUCCCUGUCCACCAGAUUCCGCUUUGAUGCCAAGAUAGUGGAGAAAAUCUUGGAGGCCGGCAUCAACACGUUGUCGGACUUCCGCUACUUCUGCUCCACCGAGGCGGAGGUGGUGCAGACCUUCGUGACGCCGGUGGAGAAGGACCUUGCGAAUCCUCGGCUUGAGGCGGCGAGGCUCAAGCAUGCAUGGGCAGCCAUGGUCGCCCAGGAGGCCACUUCAUCUACUUUGUCCAUGGACCCUGUGGAUGCGGAUGAGCUCCUUCCUGCUGUGCAGUUGGCGGACAUGAAGGCGGCCUUCCUCAAGCGCUACAAGGUCAGCUUCGUGCCGGAGCAGCAGCCCAGCGAGCGCUUGUUGUCCAAGCUCCGGAGGGCGCUCGCAAGGAGGAGCCUGGAGGUGACCAGCUUGUGGACCGUGAGGAGCAUGUUCAACCAACGGAUGGCAGUCGCCAAGAAGCGAAAGAUCACAUCCAACCUGUGGGUUCAGGAGGGGCCUGACGAGGACCAGUCCGGUUCCGACAUCAUCGACAAGACCUGUCAGGUCUGGCUGGACAUGCUUUGGAUCUACGCCCUGGCGCUCAGCAUGGCGGGCACUACGCCGAUCGAGCCGCAGCCUAGCGAGGCCGAGACGACGGUUGGCUCUGACCCAGCGCUCUAUGUGCAGGUUCCCUGGGACGUGGUGCUCAAGUACCACUGGCGUGCCCGGUGCGCCAGGCCGUGA